AUGUCCUCUCGCGUCUUCGCCUCUCGUAUGGCCUCCACCAUGGCCGCGACCUCCAAGGUCGCUCGCCCGGCCACCCGCGUCAACGCCAUCGUGCCCAAGCGUACCUUCACCAGCCAGAAGAAGACCAUCCCCAUGACCCCCUUCCAGACCCUUAAGCGCCAGCAGCCCUCGACCCUCCUCCAGGCCAACGCUCGCCAGGUCUUCGCCAACGCUCAGGCUCGCCGCCAGUACUCCUCUGAGAUCGCCGACGCCAUGGUCCAGGUCUCUCAGAACAUUGGUAUGGGUACUGCCGCCGUUGGUCUCGGUGGUGCCGGUAUCGGUAUCGGUGUUGUCUUCGGUGCCCUCCUCCUGGCCGUUUCCCGCAACCCUGCUCUGCGUGGUCAGCUCUUCUCCUACGCCAUUCUGGGUUUCGCUUUCGUCGAAGCCAUUGGUCUGUUCGACCUGAUGGUUGCCAUGAUGUGCAAGUACGUCUAA